AUGUCGACCACCAUUGAGAAGAUCAAGGAGAUCGAGUCCGAGAUGGCUCGGACUCAGAAGAACAAGAACACCUCCUUCCAUUUGGGACAACUUAAGGCAAAGCUUGCGAAGCUCAAGCGAGAGCUGUUGACCCCCUCUGGCGGUGGUGGUGGCGGUGGUGCCGGUUUCGAUGUUGCGCGUACUGGUGUUGCCAGUGUCGGCUUCAUUGGUUUCCCCUCCGUCGGCAAGAGUACUCUGAUGAGCAAAUUGACUGGCCAGCACUCGGAAGCUGCCGCUUAUGAGUUCACGACCCUCACGACUGUUCCGGGACAGGUGAUGUACAACGGUGCCAAGAUUCAGAUUCUCGAUCUCCCUGGUAUUAUCCAAGGUGCAAAGGAUGGUAAGGGUCGUGGUCGUCAGGUCAUUGCUGUGGCCAAGACUUGCCAUCUGAUCUUCAUCGUCCUCGAUGUGAACAAGCCUUUGGUCGAUAAGCGCGUCAUUGAGAACGAAUUGGAGGGAUUCGGUAUUCGUAUCAACAAGUCGCCCCCCAACAUUGUGUUUAAGAAGAAAGACAAGGGUGGUAUUGCGAUCACGAGCACUAUGCCUUUGACGAACAUCUCGCAGGAGGAAAUCAAAGCUGUGAUGAACGAGUACAAGAUCUCGUCCGCUGAUAUCUCCAUCCGUUGUGAUGCUACUAUUGAUGACCUGAUCGAUGUCCUUGAAGCUAAGAGCCGAGCUUAUAUUCCCGUCGUCUAUGCGCUCAACAAGAUUGAUGCAAUCUCCAUCGAGGAGCUGGACCUUCUUUACCGGAUUCCCAACGCCGUCCCUAUCAGUUCAGAGCACGGCUGGAACAUCGACGAGCUUCUGGAGAUGAUGUGGGAGAAGCUCAACCUUCGACGAAUCUAUACCAAGCCCAAGGGACGCGCUCCCGACUACACAGCACCCGUUGUGCUUCGUGCUUCGGGAUGUACCGUGGAGGACUUCUGUAAUGCCAUUCAUCGAACGAUCAAGGAUCAGUUCAAGCAUGCCAUUGUGUACGGUCGCUCCGUCAAGCACCAGCCGCAACGAGUCGGCCUUGCGCACGAGCUCGCUGACGAGGAUAUCGUGUCUAUUGUGAAGCGUUAA